AUGGAAAACUCGGCCAACGACGCAGCGGCGGCGCCCGCCGCUGCCCAAAACCAGGAGGCUGCCCAGCAGAGUGAAGAUGCCGGCGUGCAGACUGGCGCGGGCAGCGACAGCGUGGGCGGCGCCUCCACUGCCGGCGGCAGCACCACAAUGGCUCGCAAGAGCGCCUGGGGCAGCGCAAAGACCGUGCUGGUGGGCGUCAAGGCUGCCGGCAGGUUCCAGACGCUGCGGGACCUCAUAGGUGACGACGCAUACAUUGAGGAGUCGCGGCUGAAGAUGAUGAAAGCGCUGGGCGAGGGCGCGUUUGCCAAGGUGCAGCAAGCGGAGCUGAUGCCCGCGGCGGCGAGCGCGGCCAGCGCCGCCGCGGGCGGCGGCGGCGGCGGCGGCGGCAGCGACAUGCUGGCCCGCCAGUCCAUCGACGGCCGGCCGCGCAUCGUGGCUGUCAAGAUCCUGCGCCAGGAGCUGCUGGUAGAUCCGGAGCAGGUGCAGCUGUUCCUCAAAGAGGUGUCGCUGCUGCGCAAGCUGCGGCACAGGCACAUUGUGAGGUUUGUGGGGUGCAGCUGGGACAGCAGCCUGGCGGAGGAGUCGGCCAAGGGCACGAUGCCCCAGGAGAUGUACUGCACUCGUACCGCCGUACUACGUGCAGGAGUUCUGUGCGUACCGCAGCUGUACUGCACUCGUACCGCCCAAACCAGCUCCCCUCCCCCGCCUUGUGGAUGA